AUCAAUGCCAAGUCGGAAGGUGUCAACUGCUUCCAUCUUCUCCAAGCCGCUAACAAAUAAAGUAGCCAUGGUCUCGGCCUCCACCCCGUCGAUGCCCCCAUAAAUCGUGCCAUCUUCCGGCGACAGAAACUGCGACGAUGGCCCUCUUGCUUUCUCCAGCAAAGCUUGUGCUGUUGGCCGUGCACUGCGCCGUCAACAGCGACAUCGACAGCUUGACCACCCUCGCUGCCCGCCACGGCACCGUCCUCCGAAAAGACCUGCUGCUGCGCAUCCUCCUUACCUACCUACCCGAGACGCUACCCUCGAGCCAAUACGUUGGACUUGUCGACCAGAUCGAAUCCGGCGUGUUUCCAGACACACCGAACCCAGAGGUCGACUGCUCGCCCGUCGAAGACCUCACCGAAGACGCCGCCGCGAAGAAGGUCAGGAAGCUCCGUCUGCUUCCAUUAGUGUCACCCGAAGGCCCCCAAGCCCCCGAAAAUGCCGCCAACGACGCUCUCUCGCUGUUCUUGCUGCGCCGGUCAUACAAGGUGGACGAGGAGGCCGGGUUGCUCGACGAACUACCAGCCCUGCUGUUGCCUUUUGUCGAUAACUCCCCAUGCGCGCGCGUCCUGCUAGUUUCAACAAUAUUACCGCUCCUGAGGCGGAAUUGCGAAUACCACCCCCAGGAGCCCAUAUCGUAUACCCUCCAAGGAUUCCAGCAGCUCCCCGACCGCGUCGCUGUGAACUUGCUCCUGGCGCAGACUGGCAAUCGCGAGACGGACCUUCCUUACGUUGGCCGAGAUCUAAGGGGGCUGAUUGGGCCGUGGUUGUCCGGGGAAAGGAGGUGGAAGCAGGGAACACAUGACACACGCUCGUCAGAAGAUCCGAGCGGGGCAGUCGAGGAACUUUGUCCUGGCUGGGAUGAGCUUCUCUGCUGGCUCACCACGCAAGCGUCGAGGAAUUGGCAAGUGACCGUCAGCGCAGUUCAACAGUGGGAUGGCCCCGAUGAUGCCGAUUUUGGUGGUUGGGGUUCCGUUGAACUAAGUGACGACCAACGGGACUACCUGGAGCGGAGUUAUGCCCAAGCGGCGCUAGCAUCUGCCUACCUCGUCCCGGACACAUCCCUUCAAGCGCUAGACGGCGCAUACAGCAUGAUUGUUAGAGUUACCAAGUUCCGUGAUUUGGAGCCCAUCUUCCCGCUUGCCUCGUCACUAGCCGAGUUGCCAUCACUCACCGGACGGGUCCCCGACGAUAUCGUGUCGACCAGGAAUACGGCCCACCUGCGCAAUCAACUUCUUGCCCUGUCAAACCCUCUGACUUCACCAACCGAUGGCUCCGUCGCGUUUCUUCAAGCGCUUAUUCUGAGCGCCCACAUCCUUACCAAGGCUGGUUGCCCCUGCACAAUACGCAGAGCCGGCGAGCUCGCCCUGCUCCGGGACGAGAGGGAGCAGAGGGCCGAGGCAGCAAAACUUAUCCACGCCAUCAGUAACAAUGGCCCAAAAACAGAUGACGUGUUCUGGCGAAAGGCGAGAGACGAAAUCCUAUGGCUUAGGGACUGGGGGAUAGCUUCCUGGUCCCCCGAGGAUCCCCCUUGUGGCAUCUUCGGCCAGGUCAAGCAGGACUUUUUGGAGGUCGAGAUCCUAAGGGCCUUGCUUGCCAACACACGUUACGAACUUGCGCGCUCAAUAUACGAGGACGGCCCGGACCAGCCUCUGGAACGGAAGCUUUUGCAAGACACCAUCUACGCGGCCGCCAUGACUGCUUAUGAUAACGCCUCUAACCCCAACCGUACGCGCGGGGGGCUUAAGAAAUGCAAUGACAUAAUGAAAGCCCUCCCCGCGACGAUUGGGGUAUCAUAUCCACAAGCCAGACAAGUCGAGGCCCUUCUCCGGGCGACACAUUCCCUCAGCGAGUACCGCCUCGUGCUCAAGCAAGGCGAGCCAUUCACGCCUGUCGUACUGCGAAUCCACGCCGACCCCAUCUCCAUCAUCGGCAAGAUCCUCGAGCAAAACCCCAAGAGCUACACCCAGCUCCACGACCUCGUCUCUGUCGGCACCCAUAUGGUCGAAGCUGGCCUCACAAGAGCCCAGCACAAAAUUACCCUCACCCCCGAGCAAGAAGCCACCCACCGCCUCACAGCCCAACAACGCGUCACAGCCAUGUGCAUCGACGCGGCCCUCAAAGAAGACGACUUCGAAACCGCCUACUCCUACGUCGUCAACCGCCUCCCGACCCCGCCAGAAAAAGAAAACGAAAAAGACGACCACUCCUGGCGCGCCGCCCUGCAAGCAGGCCGCUACCGCCCACCCCCCAACAGCCCCACAAACCCAUCCACCACCACCACAACCACCACAACCCCAACCACAAUCGCAAGCGGCCUAGGCGGCAGCGCUAACCCCGCCGUGCGCCACCUCGAGCAGCGCAUCGACUGCCUCGCCACCGCCCUGCGCAUCGCCCCGCCGCACACCCUCCAGGAGAUCGCCAACGCCUUCCGCCGCGCCGAGGAGGAGCUGGACGUGCUCGCCCGCGAGGACGAUGCGCAGGCCGAUGCGUGGGAUGCAAGGGGGGAGUUGUUGCGGCGGGCGCGUCAUGGGCAUGGGCAUGGUCAUGGUCAUCCCGGUACGCAGACCGUGCCGGGCGCGUUUGACACGCCGGCUCCUGUCCGUGGUGGGUCGGGGAAGGCGGCGACGGCGGCUGCGGCCGCGGAGGAGGAGGCCGCGCCCAUGUCGCUGUUUGACCUAAGCCGCGCGAGCGUGCUGUCGGCGCAGCGCAACCUGUCGGCUUUGUCCGGGCUGCAGCGGUCGGCGUCGGCUGGGCUGGGGGGGUUGGGGCGGUUAGCUGGCGGCGGUGGUGGUGGUGGUGGUGGUGGUGGUAGCCACUCAGGGGGUAGGGGUGCCGGUGCUAGAGCCGGUGCGGGAACCACGUCGCCUGGUGGUGACGGUGGUGAUGGGAGGGGGAGCAUGGACAUGCGGCCGCUUUCGGCGGCCGGGUCGGCGAUGUCGGCGGGGAGUGCGGAGGAGGAGAGGCGCGUGCGCAAGAGGGACCAGCUGCGUGAGGCGGCUAUGGGGACGCUGGUGUCGGGGGUGGGGUGGUUGGUGGGCGCGCCGGCGCCGGGUCCGGCGCAGUCGAGGGAGUAGACCCAGAAAAGGAAAGACAUGUACCACCGGCCGGGGUGCAGGGUUGUAGAGGGAGGGGUGUCGGGUGUGGUUUGUUGAAACUGGGGAUGAUAGAUGCUUAUAUUACUAUACUAUAUACCCUUUGAUUACAAUGCAGCACGGACUAUGGCAUUUUUGAAGAGACGCUUGCAGUGGGAAUAACUAACACAUGAUUUCUCGGUCUACUUGUGUAAUUAUUCGUGCCGAUAA